AUGGUGGCGCCGCGCCUUCCCGAGGAGGAGACAGAGAGGACACGAGCUGCGGUGGUGGCGGGUUUUGGGAUGGUGGCAAGAGACUCAAAUGGUGAAAUAAUGGCUUAUGCUUCAAAAUUUCCCACUAUGGUCCUUUCGCCGACGGUUGGAGAGGCACUCUCGCUUCGUUGGGCUAUGGAUUUGGCAAUACAGUUGGGAUUCCGGAGGGUUGUGUUUGAGACGGAUUGUCUUCCUUUAUUCCAAGCUUGGAAGAAGGCGUCAGGUGGCUCUUAUCUUCUUACUGUUAUUCAGGAUUGCUUUCAUUUUUGUAAUUUUUUCGACUUUGUUGAUCUUUCUUUUGUUCGCCGUGAGGGCAAUUGUGCCGCUGACUUUUUAGCGCGGAACGCUUCUACCUUAACCAAUGAGGUUUGGGUUGAGGAUGGUCCGCCGGGUUUAUUUCCGUUGUUGUUGGAGGACAUUUUGGCUUCUAGGCCAGCUUGA